AUGCGGCGAUUCUUGGCGCGCGCCAGAGCGCCGCCGCGCGACGCGGGGCCCGAUGCCAGCGACGGGCGAGGCUUGGGAGCCGCAGAGGAGUGCGAGAGAGAGGAUGCCACCUACCCAUCGUACGCGGAAGUACGCCACACCCCGCCACCUGCCACGCCAUGGCACCGCGACGCCAAAGGCGAGGGCCUGCCGAGCCUCUUGCCGGGUGUGCGCCCCAAAAAAAGCGAGCAUGUGGGUCGGCCUCGCAGGCACCGGCCGCCCUUUGCGAUCCGGCGCCGCAUACCCGCCGUCGACCUCGGCGCUGACCUGCACCAGCUCGAGCUGAACGACGCGCCGCUCCCUCCGACGCGAUGUGCAAGCGAGGAGGCCGUGCCCGCCUACCUGGCCGAGUUCUUCCACGCCGAGCCGACAGACGCCGACUGGGAGUGCGUGCACGAGCUGGGCGAGCUCGUCAACCAGUCGCCAGCGCACAGCAAGGCGGCGCUGCGUGCGCUACAGCAUGAGCUCAGAGGGCCCAUGGUGGCCGCGCAGUGCCGCGCGGUGCGCACGUGGGGCGUGUGGUCGAUGCAUGCAGGGCGGUACUUUGCCGAGGUCGCCACGAACACACAGCUGCUUGCUCAGCUCGAAGACAUUCUUACGAAUCCCCUCACAUACCCCGCCCUCCGGUCCGACGCGCUCCUCGUCGUGGGCGCGCUGGCCUCGCGCUCGCGGCAGAACGACCGGCUCCACAAGGUCGCCCGCCUCUGGGCGCGCACGCGGCCCAGCACGAGUCCUGAGCACGGCGUACCGCUCUCUGCGCCGCUCUUCUGCGAUGGGGCGCCGUCGGAGGCGGGCGACGACCCGUACGGGGAGCCUGUCGUCCCUUCCCCGCCCUCCCCGCCACUCCUGCCCGCGCAGGACCCUGCCUCUAUACCCCCGCGCACGGUGCACGUGCCCGACUCGCUCUCGCCUGGCCUGCCGCUACCCCAUGCCGUGCCUGCGUCGCUCACGCCCAGUCACUCGUCGCAUGGUUCAUGUCGGGCCGACAUGGACGGGGAGCGCCGGGCGUUGGUGGAGCAAAAGUGCCACACGGCCAAGAUGAACGCGGCGCUCCUCACCGAGCUCGUGGAGAGCGGCGAGGACGACGCGGCGCUGCUGGACGAGAUUCACGCCAAGAUCCAGGAGGCGCAGUGCGAGCUGGAGCCGCACCUGGCGUGGGCCUCGGAGCGCGCGAGCACCUUGGAGGGCGCGGCAUUGUGCGUCGCUGAGGAGCUGCUACAUACGAUACUCAGCGCACUCAGCAGUGCGAAUGAGGCGCUUGCGCUGCGCGACACGCAGAGUGGUGCGGCGUGUAUCCACGGCGACUCGUUCGAUGCGUCGGAAGACGAGGGCGUGCCUGCCCAGCCCAGUGCCAAGGCACUGGGCAAGCGCCGCGCACUCGACGAGCCAUGCAAGCCGCCGCUCCCUCCGCUGCCCGACUCGUAG